CCGGACGGCAGACUCAUUCCAAUACUCGCUGAGAGCAAGGCAGCCCCGCCACGCUCAGCACAGCCCCGCACACUGUGAACUCUUGGCUGAUCUCUACGACACUUGUGUGUGAUCCACGAUGGCGUGUGAACUGGAGCCCCUGUCCCGCACCUACCAGUACCGCAAGGUGAUGAAGCCCAUGUUGGAGCGCAAGCGACGGGCGCGCAUCAACAAGUGCCUCGACGAACUCAAGGACCUGAUGGUGACGGCACUACAGACCGAGGGAGAAUCCAUCGCCAAGCUGGAGAAGGCGGACGUGCUCGAGUUGACAGUAACGCACCUCAAGAAGCUUCAGCGUCGCAACCAGCUGGCAGUGCGUCCCAUCCCAAGCCAACAGGACAAGUUCCGUGAGGGUUACAGCCACUGUGCCUCCGAAGUGUCCCGCUGCCUCGCCUCCGUGCAGGGUGUGGAUGUCACUCUUGGCACCAAGCUCAUGACUCACCUCGGCAUCUCCCUCAACAACUACGAGAAGCGGGCGCCCCUCACUAUUCUAGUGCCGCAGGCGGAGCCUUCACCAGCACUCUCCUCAGCCUCCAGCGGCUACUCCUCCGCCUCCGAGCUGUCUCCCACACCAUCCACCUCAAGUAGGAACAGCUCCUCUCCCUCCUGCAGCAGCGGUCCGAGCAGCAGCAUCUCCACAGUAAGCAGUGGUAGCAGCAGUAGCAGCUCUAGCAACAUCAGCAAUAACAACAACAGCAGCAGUGCCUCCCAGCGUCCCCAGGGAUUGCUGACCCUCGCGGCGCCCCCUUGUCCCAUGUGGCGCCCUUGGUAACAAAUCAACACUGUCCCGCAACAAUGAACCAGCUACCUCAGCCAACCGUCCGUCGGCAACCUGUUGAGCUACCCAAUCAACUCUACCCAAGGAGUCGACUACACGAGAGCAGCCAAUGGAAAUUGCAUCUUCUUGCCUUCUGUGAUAGCCCCGUCCCCAGGGGCCCGCUGUGAUAGGCCGCCCUGCGGAGUGAUACCUUCUGUGAUACUCGCCACCAUCAUCCCACUACAACUGCAAUCAUCAUCAUCAUCAUCAAUCAUCAUCACCAGCAUCAAUAAUAUAUUGAAUAAAAUCAUUGUUAAAAUUA